UUAACAAAACACAUGCGUAGAUCUAGAUCUUCCUUUAAACUCCGAAGUCCUAACCAAAAUGACUCAUGUCUAAAUGGGUAUUUGCAGCUCGUCAUCUUCCGUGGUCACAACCAAGCUGGUUCUGCAAGAUGGGCAGCUUCAAGAAUUCUCAAACCCAGUUAGGGCAUCCUACGUGCUGCAGAAGAUCAAUUCCCCGGGGUUUGUUUGUGAUGCCGACGACAUGGAUUACGGAGGCUUUAUAACGGCUGUUAAUGGGGAUGAAGAGCUUCAUCUGGGUCAGCUUUACUUUGUAUUGCCGUUAAAUUGGCUGAAUAAGCCACUUCGGGCGGAGGAGAUGGCAGCUUUGGCUGUUAGGGCAAGUUUGGCGCUUCGCAAUAUGAGACGGAGUAGUAGGCGUUGUUGUAAAGGAGGGGAUGAUCAAGUUGUAUUUAGUAUUAUGAAGAAGGAUGUGAAGCCUAAGAUGGUGACCAGCAGAGGCAGUUUUGGUGUUCAUCCAGAAACAGUGAGAAAAAGAAGAAGUUAUACUUCUAUAUCGAAGUUGAGUGUGAUUUUGGAAGGCGAGGAUAGGAAAGAGGAUGGUACCGGUGAAAUUUGGGUUGUACAGUGAUCUCCAUGGUUAGUGCAUGU